AUGUCUGCAAAUCCUUACCAAUUCGAACCACAAAAGAAAGUUAUAAAUAAUCACGACGAUGAUAGCAAUGGCAGUUGGGAAGAUAUACCUGAAGAGGUUGGAGAGCAAGAGCCUCAAAAUAAUCGACUACAUGUUGAACCAUCCGAAUGGUGUAAAUGUUUAUUUUGUUGUACUAUGCCAGUGAAUCGUGAAUGUUUGUGCUGCAUUGAAAUCGACGAAAUAAAGUUGAGAUAUAUUUCUGGUGAUUCGACAUGUGUUACUCAACACGAAGGGUUCAAUGCUAUCUGUCUGAGCCUGCAUGUGUUAUGGACUGCAAUGCACAUAUCGAUACGCUGCAUAUCGCCAAUUUUCCUGGUUCGUCUAUACGAAACUUGGAAGAUACGUUCGAAGAAUCAUCCCGCCUGUGUUGUAUCAAAGAUAAGAGAAACGUUUCCUGAAGCGAAUGGGAUCUACGUAAAUUUUGAUGGAGACGACGAGGGUGCUGAUGGGCUAUCUGAAGUAAUCGAGGCAUGGGAAUACAUGGCAAAUGAUGAAGAAUGA